AAAUAUUUAAAAUAAAAAAUAAUAUUAAGCAUUUACCACAGACUAAACAGCCUCCUCUAACUUCAGAUUUGCAAAUUUUGAAUUUCAAAGUGCGCAGCUGAAGCUCGUCUCUGAUUGGAUAAUGAGUGAGGGUGGAAAGAGCGGGAGAAACGCUGCAGCUGACGUCACUAACGAGCGAACAGGAGCGGCAGCGUUUGCUGAAGAGAACGCAGGAGCGGAGCAGAGCAGAAAUCUUCGGACUACUUCAUUCAUCGAACAUUUAAAAAGUUUUCAGGACAAAUCUACCAGCUGCUGUUUAAGCGGAAAUCUAAAGUUUGCACGGUACUGUGAAAUCAGAAGAACUGAGUUUGAGGCUGAUCCAAAUGCCUGUGGUCCUCCACGCACCCCAGAGAGAUAUGACGUGGCUGUUGCUGAUCUCCAGGCUGAAAACCUCCAAGACAUCAGAGGAAUAAAGGUAAACUCUGUCUUUAAUACCCUUCAGUCUUUUCACGUUUCCCAGCCUGGUCUCCCGCCUUGCUUAGGUCAUGACAUUUUUGAAAGAGUGUUGUCAUAUGAUUUAGCACUGUACUUGAAGAACAUUAUAAAAAAGAAAAAAUGGUUCACAUACUCACUCUUAAACAGGCGCAUCAAACAGUUUAAGUACAAAGGAUCUGAAGCACAGACAAAGCCAUGUGCUGUGAACCCUGACAAAGCCAAGUUAUCAGGGCAAGCCAUUCAAAACUGGAACCUUUUGAGAUUGCUACCAGUUUUGAUUGGUGACAAAGUGCAAAACCAUGAGGAUGAAGUAUGGCAGUUAGCUCUCCAGCUAAAAGACAUUGUGGAUCUUAUUUGUGCUCAUAACAUUUCCUUGCCCCAGAUAGCAUAUUUUGACUUUUUGAUCCAGGAAUAUUUGGAGUUGAGAAAGACGUUGUUUCCUGAAAAUCAACUAAAACCCAAGCACCACUAUUUGCGCCAUUAUUCAGCACUAAUCUUGAAAUUUGGUCCAUUGAUUAGGUUAUGGACGCUUAGGUUUGAGAGCAAGCACAGUUAUUUUAAAAGAUGUGCCAGACACCUGAAAAACUUCAAAAACAUUUGUCAGACUCUGUCAGAGCGUCAUCAGAUGUAUCAGGCAUAUCUUUUAGCUGGGCAAGAAUGCAGUAAACUACUGCAAGUGAAGGACAGCUUUGCCUUUUAUCCCAACCUCUACAGUGACACUAUUAAACAUGCAGUCAGGGGGUUAGCCUUUUCACAAAGCAAUACCACAGUUACCACAGGCAUUCAGUACAAGGGCACUGCAUAUAAAAAAGGGCAGUGUCUUGUGUACAGAAAUGAUGAGUAUUUGAAGUUUGGUGAACUUCUACUCAUCUUGAUUCAAAAUGACACAUCUGUGAAUGUUUUGAUGGAUAUCCACAAAGGUGUCUUCCUCUCAAAAUACCAUCUGUACUCUGUGACAAAGGACAGUCUUGGGUUACAGUGUAUCAACAUUAAUGACCUGCCCGAUUUCUAUCCUUUGGUAUCAUACAUUCUUGAUGGAUACCAAGUCAUACCACUAAAGCACAGUAUUGUGGAAAAAUAA